CAGAAGUCGGUCUUGAGUGGUGACGUCCCGAAGAAUUUCGAACAAUACCUUCGCCGCUUUAGAUUACACCUGGGUUACUCCGCGACUUUCUAUGCGAAAAACAAACGCCAGUAUGCCCAAGACCAAGACCCCGACGACUGCCAUCGCAGUUCUGGUCGUGGCAAGAAAAGCCUCAAAGAUCGGGCGCCAGUAUCUCAUCAGUUCAAGAAAAGAUACUGCAGCAAUAGAUGCAAAACCUUCUCGUAUGCGGACGUGUUGAAGUUCAUGGCCGAGAGCGGGUGGAACUACCGACAUUGCCAGGAAGCCGACUGCCUUGGCCAUGGAGCCAGACACGAUACGUCGAGUAAGCCCCAAAACACGGAGGUGCAGCUGCCGACCACGCCCCUCCUUCUUUUCGGCUUGUGCAGAGCUCUGCAAACCGAGCAGCUUGCGCUGACAUUCGACCAUCUGACGAUGACACGCUUGUGCUGGAUGGUUCUGCGCCGCGUGAAGGCCGAAGUCAACCAGGAGCUA